GGAGAUGUACCAGUUUCCAGUUGAUUUGAACGCGCCAUACGACUGUCGCAUUUAAUUGGUCUACGUCACCGACUAUCUACCGGAACUCGAAACUUUUUAUUUGGAUAUACCAAACUGAUCAAGCGAUUGCGUUGGAGAUUUAACAAGUGUGUGUGUUAAUGUACAACGGAGUGGCAAGUAUGGAAUGAGUUUGUGGAAAUUUUAGCCGAUAAAAGGUUCCAUAUGCGACAGAAUCAAUACUGUUUAUAAAGGGAACAAUUUCCCCAAGGGGCAAUUACACGGAAUCGCCGAUCUUCGCAGGAGACAAUAUGUGGGAGCAAGAGGAAUUCGAAAAACAUUGGAAAAGGGAAUUUCCUGACGUGGAAGCACCUAAAAUGGAUUUAAUCUCGGUGGAAGAUGUUGAGACAGAGCUAGAAACACGUAAAGCGAAUCUCAAAACGCUGCAGCAGGCGCUGUCGGAGGAGAAAUUCAAGGUGAUAUACCUACAGACCACCAUCGCUAGACAGAAGAAAAGUUCUGACAUGGAAAGAUGGGAAAACUUGAAUGUUGAACCUAUAUUAUCAAAGACCGAAACAGAAAGGAAAUGGGAUAAUGAAAAAGUAGACGGCGAAAGUUUGAAAUUUCCUGGUACUGGAAGCAUGAAACUACAGACGCCAGGCAGCAAACCAGAGCCGCCGACCAGGAUCAGUAGUAGGACAGGUAAACUUAUCCCCCCCGCGCCCCCGCGAAAGCCAAGCUUCCAGAAACAAGGGAAUGCGAUCUCAUCAGGGCUCUCUCAAGCUGAUGGAAACUGCAUCGGCCGCAUAAUAGGGAAACUGAAUUCCGGUACUGAUAGCAACAGCAGGGAGGCUAGUGACCAUGAAUACGAGGAUGCUGAGCUCAAUGAGAAUUUCGUCAAGAGCAACCUGGUGAACACCAAAACGACCACCAGAGACAGCCAGAGGUCGAAACCCUACCCGGACACCCUGUUCCCAUUCCGCCAGAGCAGAGAUUUCGACUCCAGUGAUGAUGGGAGGCAGUCUCCUUCCUGCAUACCUGCGCCCUUCAUUGCAACCCUUACCGGUGGUUCCGGGUGCAGCACUCCAGACAAACGCAGUGAAGGCUACUUGAGCUCCGACCAUGAAGACUCUUCUUCAGAUUUCAACUAUAACACAGACGGGUAUGACGGUGAUGCAGCAGAGGAUCAUAAGAGUCAGGACGGUUCAGAGACCAUGCCCUUCAUAGACGAGUCCCCCACCAUCUCCCCCAGCCUGUGUGCAUGCGGCCCUGAUGGAGAUGCCAUCUCCCCUGUCCCACCAGAGGACCUGCUGCCCGGGGGUGACAUCGAAAAGGGUCUGGAGAUGAAGAAACUGGUUCUGUCUGGCUUCCUAGCCAGUGAGGAGAUCUACAUCAACCAGCUGGAGGCUUUGCUUCUGCCCAUGCGCCCCCUGAAGGCGACAGCCACCACCUCCCAGCCUGUGCUGACCAUACAGCAGGUAGAGACCAUCUUCUAUAAGAUCCAGGACAUCUUUGAGAUCCACAAGGAGUUCUACGACGCCCUCUUCCCUCACAUCCAGCAGUGGGAUGAGAAGGUCGCCGUCGGACACCUCUUCCAGAAACUGGCCAGCCAGCUGGGGGUGUACAAGGCUUUUGUUGACAACUACAAGACAGCGGUGGAGACAGCAGAGAAAUGCAGCCAGGCCAACACCCAGUUCCAGAAGAUCUCUGAGAACCUGAAAGUAAAGGGUCCUAAGGACUCGAAGGACUGUAACACAAAUGUCACUAUGGAAGCUCUCCUGUACAAGCCGAUUGACCGUGUGACCAGAAGUACGCUGGUUCUUCAUGACCUGCUGAAGCACACCCCUAAGGACCACCCAGACUUCCCCCUACUGCAGGACGCUCUGAGGAUCUCACAGAACUUCCUGUCCUCCAUCAACGAAGAGAUUGACCCCCGCAGGACCGCCGUCACCACGCCUAAGGGAGAGGCUCGUCAGCUGGUGAAGGAUGGUUUCCUGGUGGAGGUGUCAGAGGGCUCCAGGAAGCUGCGUCAUGUCUUCCUAUUCACAGACCUGCUGCUCUGUGCCAAGAUGAAGAAGACCUCCGCAGGGAGACACCAGCAGUAUGAGUGUAAGUGGUACAUCCCCCUGGCAGACCUGACCUUCCAGUUGCUGGAUGACUCGGACGUCUUGCCCCAUAUCCAGGUUCUGCCUGAACACGAGAUUGAGGAGAUGAAGACCAAGAUCUCUGUCAUCAAGAGCGAGAUCCAGAAGGAGAAGAAAGCACUAAAGGGCCAGAGUCGUAAUGUGGAGCGUCUAAGGAAGAAGAUGAACGAGCAGGAGUCCUGGCUGCUGUUACACUCUCCCACCAUCCCUUUCCGCAUACACAACAAACAUGGCAAGAGCUACCUGUUCCUCCUGUCUUCAGACUAUGAGAGGUCAGAGUGGAGGGAGAGCAUCCAGAAACUACAGAGGAAAGAUCUGCAGACGUGUCAGUUGAGCUCUGUAGAGCUCCAGGUCCUCACCAGCUCCUGCUUCAAACUCCGAACCGUCCACAACAUUCCUGUCACCAGUUAUAAAGACGAUGAAGAAACCCCAGGCCUGUAUGGAUUCCUCCAUGUGAUCGUCCACUCUGCUAAAGGCUUCAAAGAGUCAGCCAAUCUGUACUGUACCCUGGAGGUGGACUCCUAUGGCUACUUUGUCAGCAAGGCCAAGACCCGCGUCUUCAGAGACACCACUGAACCACAGUGGAACGAGGAAUUUGAGAUCGAGCUGGAAGGUUCUCAGUGCCUGCGGAUCCUGUGCUACGAGAAAUGCUACGACAAGACCAAGCUCAACAAGGAUGACAAUGAGAUCGUGGACAUCAUCAUGGGCAAGGGCCAGGUGCAGCUGGACCCCCAGACGGUUCAGUCUAAGAACUGGCACAUGGAUGUCAUAGAGAUGAACGGGAUCAAAGUGGAGUUCUCCAUGAAGUUUACGAGUCGGGACUUGAGUCUGAAGAGAACGCCCUCCAAAAAACAGAGUGGGGUGUUCGGGGUCAAAAUCAGUGUGGUGACAAAGCGCGAGCGCUCCAAGGUGCCUUACAUAGUCCGCCAGUGCAUUGAAGAGGUGGAGAAGAGGGGGAUCGAUGAGGUGGGAAUCUACAGGAUCUCCGGUGUGGCCACUGACAUCCAGGCCCUCAAAGCAGCAUUCGACACCAAUAGCAAAGACAUCCUGGUGAUGUUGAGUGACAUGGACAUCAAUGCCAUCGCGGGAACACUGAAGCUGUACUUCCGUGAGCUGCCAGAGCCCCUGCUCACUGACCGCCUGUACCCAGCCUUCAUGGAGGGCAUAGCUCUGUCGGACCCUGCAGCCAAGGAGAACUGCAUGAUGCAUCUGCUGCGCUCACUGCCUGACCCUAACCUCAUCACCUUCCUCAGCCUGCUGGAGCAUCUCAAGAGAGUUGCUGACAAUGAGCCCAUCAACAAGAUGUCCCUCCACAACUUGGGCACAGUGUUUGGCCCCACCCUGCUCAGGCCCUCUGAGUCCGAGGUCACCAAGGGACACAUCACCCUGGCCACUGACAUCUGGUCACAUGACGUCAUGGCACAGGUCAGUGUGACUUGGGUCCAAGUGUUGCUGUACUACCUGCAGCAUCCUCCCAUCUCCUUCGCUGAGCUGAAGCGGAACACACUCUACUUUUCCACUGACGUUUAAUCUCUUGGGGGUCCGGAGCGAAAGACUCAACAGCAAAUCCCCCACCCCCAUACCACCCAGCUCCCUUUUAAAACUGUACAGCCCCCCUAAGACCCACCCAGCCUACUCUGAGAGAUGGAGUCAGAUGUGGAGGAAGAGGAGUCACGGUGCUUCCUCUGGAUCCCAGUCACGUCUUCUAGUGUCAGCGGAGAUAGAGCAACGGCCCCUACAUUACAGUACAUCCAUCUGGUGAAGAGCAGGGGUGGAGGGAACAGCAUACCUCUAACCUUUGACCCUCAAUACCCCAUCGGACAGCCACCGAUAUGGGACCUCUCUAUCUAUCCGUGAGGGGUUAGUGGUCAGGGUCUGGUAUGUUACUGAGUCACUGUUGGUUGUUUGGUCUGUUGGGUCCUCCAGAAACCAGCUCAAUGAUCCUGAAGCUGGUCUGUUACUUACUCCACCUUCUCUUUUAUUUUAUUUCUUUCAGAGGCAUUCCAAGAAAUGGCAUUUACAUAUUUUAUAAAUAUUAUUUGUUCAAUAAGUCCUUUGUUUCUCUCUGGCUUUGUGCAUGUGACGGAGGAGGGCUGUGUGUUUAUGUAGAAGCGUGUAUGUAUGUAUGUGUGUGUGUUAAAGCAAAGAGCUGAGGACUGUUUGCGUUUCCAAGCUGCCAGUAAAAGCCAUGUCAGUGAAUGGCCACUGUCACAUUUUUUCUCCACGUGUAAAGACUAGAGAGCACAGCCCUCCCUCUGUGUGAGUCUUGGCCAAAUUCGCCCUAUUUAUUAUAAAUAUAUAUAUAUUAAGUGUGCCUGUACAGUCCAGGAGCUGGUUUCCCAAAAGUAUCUCAAGGCUAAAGUCAUCGUUAGAACCAUAGCCUUAAGAUGCUUUUGGGAAACUGGGCCCAGUGCAACUAGAGAAUUGCUCAAAGGAGUCCGUUGUUUGAAGUUUUUUCAAGUUUCUCAUUCACAGCCAAGGUUGGCUGAGCUGUACUGAAACGAUUACAGGAACACAAAGUGUAAAAUCUGACGUUUGAUUCUAAACCUCUUUAAAGAAAGAAACAUCAAUCUGUGAGAUGAGGGUUAUGGGAAGAAAAUCACACAUUUUUUGGAACAUUUGCUUUUUUCUUGUCAAUCCAUUGCAAGCCUGUUCCUAGUGUCCAAUGACACCAGUUAAUCUAUAGGAUUAUUGUGUAGUUUAAUGCCCUUAUUGCAUGUUCAACUUGUCAAUCAAAUCAGGCUGGGUAACGAAGGUAGGUUGUCACUGCUAGUUUGCGGCACCGGCAAUGUCCUCCCAUCAAAGCUGUACAAAUCCAACCUUUCUGCUAUCUAGCCUGUGACAUAUCUUAAAAUAAGCACUGUUAGAUGAGUCCUAUUUGAUAUUUUUAAUAUAAGAUUAAAAGAAAAUCAAAUGUUGUAUUUUACUUUGAGUAUACUGUAUUAACAAGGGUAAAUGUCGAUGUGAACUUUUCUUUUUUAGUAAAAUUAAUAAAAGUCUACCAAAACGGUU